CUUUCCCGCACGUGCCGUGAUGUCGUCAUUGGCUGCGGACGGCAAAGCGUCACCGGUUGCGUGCGACGGCAGGGGAGGAAGGCGGAAGUAAGCGAGUGGUUUGGAAGCUAUUUAUGCAUAGAAUUUGUUAUUCCCUUUGCUCACUGUGGAGCAUGUAAAUUCUGCAAGACACUUUUUUAUUUUCUCAAAGGAACUUCAGGGCCUAUGGUUUCACCCUUUGUAAACAAUGCUUCAAGCAGUAUUAAUUCCCACAGAAAUCCAGGAGAUGUCACUAGCUGACCCAGUCACCAGCUGUCUUUCCCCUGCAGUGCAUUAUAUGGUUUGCAAACUUGGAUUUGAGAUAGACAGCCAUUCUGUUAAUAGUAUUGUGUCUGAAAAUGGUGAAGUAUGUUGGAGAACAAUCACAGAGCUUGUGCAUUACCUUGAAUCAGAUCAAAAUGUGGAUUACAUAAAAAGUGUGCAGCUGUUAGGACCUUUAUGUGAAUCUGUUCAUUUGCAUCUACAAUCCCUGACCAUGGAACAGUUUGAAGUUCAAUACUCAUUGUGGUUCCAGUGGACAAACUGUACAGAGCUACUUCUUGAAGUGUUUGCUGCACUGGAGAGCAUGGAAGCUACAGCAAUUGCACUUAGCUUAAUGAAACUAACAUCCUGUCUGGAGCGAGCCUUGGGUGAUGUUUUCUUACUAAUUGGUAAGGACUGUCCAUUCCUUUUAAGAGAUUUGCUUGCAUCUCAGGAGCUUGCUACAGUCUUUGGACAAUCUGUGAUGAAUGUGCUAAGAGUAUUCAUUGGGUCUCCAUAUGGUCUAAAUCUCCGUAACAUUUUGUGGCAUGGAUUUGCUUCCCCUCAAGAAAUUCCUGCAAAAUAUUGCUCUAUGCUGCUUAUUUUAACUGCAGGAUUGGGCCAGUUGCUAAAGAUAUACCUAUUGCAAACUGAAACCAUUUUAGUACAUCGACCUUAUAUAGCCUUCACUAACUUAACGGAGUUGGACAUUUUUCCAGAUAUUAAUCAUGAAGCACUUUCCUUAACUGAGGAAAUAGCAAAGAUAUCCAGUUUUGUAUUAAAAACAAUGUUACCAUUUUGGAUUGCUGCACUAACAGCUUUCAGGCAACACAGGUAUGCUGACUGUGUUAUACUGUUACUCCCUCAGCUGGAAACUGGACUUAGAUUACUCUUCACCACAGUUAAUAAGUGUCCAAAUAGACUGUUAACUGCUGAGUCAUCUUCUCUUUAUACCACCUUUGAUGAGAUGCUAACAAAACAGCUGAAUGACAAAGAAAUCAAUCAGCUUCCUCUAAUUCUUGGAGAGUCUUCAAUGGAAUUCCUUUGGGAUUUCUUGAACCAUCAAGAGGGUCCACGUGUAAGAGAUCAUUUAAGCCAUGGAGAGAUCAACUUAAAUGAGUUUCCAAGAGAAAUAGCGAAUCAGAUACUUGCAUUUUCAGUUACACUUUUAUGCAGAUUUUCAGAAGAGGAGGAGCUUGCAGCUCUUAAGGAGCACACAGCAAUUAAAGCACUGAUCAGCUGUGCGAGUUGCUACCGUUCUCGGUUUCAUCCAGUUGCCCGACUUAAGAAACAGGUGCUGGAGUGUAUGAAGAGCAUUAGUUCAUGGCCUGAGCUUCCUAUAGUGCCUGAAGAGCAAAUACAAGAAAUUCCAGGGUUGGAAAGAAGUGCAGAAAUUAGUCCUUGUAUUUCUAUGACUACAGAAAUCCUCUCUCAGUUGCAACACCAUUUGCCCCAGAAUUGCUACAUUUUAGAUGAUCUAAUGAAUAAUCUUAUAACUGAGAAGCUACUGCUUGAACUCUGUAGUACGCACAUUUGUACCCUGUACUGCCCACGUUCUGUACUGGAAAUAUUGGUAGUGUUCCGUAAGAUAUGCACACAGUGCCAUCAAGUGUCAGAUCAAGUUAUUACCAGCACUGAAAUGAGAUACAAGCAGUGGAUAAACAAGAUACUGCAUUCACGACAGAGGCAUAACUAUUUACGCAUGUUAAACAGCAUUAAAUUUCUGUCUCCUGUGUUACGUCUGAUUUUAAUGUUGAUUAUUCUGGAACUAAUCAACAUCCAUACCGUUUGUGAGAAGAAUCCUUGUGAUUAUCAGCAAUAUAUAAAGUUUCUAAAGUCAGUCUUGCAGUAUACCGAGAACUUGGUGUCAUACACGAGCCCAGAGAAAAACAAAUGGGAUGAAUCCAUGGAGCUUACGCACAAAGCUUUGAUAAAAAUUAGGACUUUCAGCGAGAGAAAGCUAACAUUAAUGCAGCUAGCGACACAAGUGAAGCUGUCUUGAAAACACUUGGUUUCUGUUACAUCUCAAAAUUAUUAUUUUUUUAAUGACUCAAAACUUAAUGUGACCAAAAGUCCUAGAAUAUGUCUACUCCUUCCUUUGAGUGCAGCUUCCAUCAAAAUGCCUGUGAAACCAGAAUGUGGCAUUUACGUAGCAACAGUGUUGCUGUUUGGAGUUGGAUAAUUGUACUUCCUGAAAAGGGAACAUUUUGUAAAGUGCACAAUGAGACUCUGAGCUCUUACCUCAAAAUGAUUUGAAAUGUAUCUAUUAUUUAAGUGUACUAUGUGCUUUGAAGAUUGAUUUUUUUUUUUUUUUUUUUAUAUAGUGUACCUGAAAAUGACCAGGAAAACAACUGAAAUAAUGUAUUGGAAAAAAUAUUGAACUGAAAAAAAGCUUUCAGUGUGGUGAAGCUAAUAUUUGGCCAUUUCUGUGGCCACAUACAACCCAUUAUCUCUCAUAUGCCCUUAAACAAAUCCCCCAACAACAACAACAAAAAACCAACAAAACCAGGUUGCAACAUUUUGAGUUAACAGCAUUUCCUGAAAUCCUUGUUUGCUGGUAUUAGCACAGAAAUGGGCAAACCUUGGGGUGUGAUUUUUUUAAAAAAAAACUUUUGUUGUCUAGAAUUUGAAACUGUUUACAUGUGAAAACACUAACAUAUUUUUGUGUUCUCAGCAAUAAGUAUUGAGCACAGUAUUUUUUACACUUGUCACGGUACCAUUUUUGGUUAGUUUAAUUUUUCACUUUAUCUGCUAGUGCCAAUCUUUAAUGAUUCAUAGUUUGGGUAGAAAUUUGGUUUUGUACAUUGAAAAUCAGAAAACAUAAAUGUUCAUCUUGAUCCUAAAAGUGAUAUUACAUCCUUAUGUUGCAUACCUCAUUUUUAUCUUUGUUUUUCAAAAAUUAUGAAAAUAAAUCUCCCUUCUCCCCCUCUCCCCCAAAGAAAGGGGCCUGCAUCAAUUCAAUAAACAAGCCAUCUACCAAUGAACAUUAAUCCAUGUGUCUUUCCUAAAGGAUGUAAAACAGAUAAAUGCCUCUUGGUCAGGUCUCCAUUUCUUAGUAUUUAUAUAUUCUUACUGUAAGAGGCUUAUUACAAUAAAAGAUUGACUUGUUUAGUCUGAAGAUCACUCCAGAGAUGUCCUUUUCUUUUGUAUUCUAAAACCAUAAGAUAGUUUGUAUAGAAGUAUGAAGACCUCCUUCGCUGGCUGGCUGGCAACUCUCUAUCCCUAGUGUGUGUCAUUACUUUCUGGAUGCACAGAAUAAUGUUUCUUUCACAAUUCAAUCAAAGGGCAUCUGGCUAACACCAUUAAAGAUCUGAAUGGCAUUUUUUAGGAGUUAUUUAUUCUUCAUUGAAAAUCCCAGUUGGAGAACUUGUAGAUCAAUUAUCAUUUUAGUUCCUGUGAUUUUAUAUAUUCUGUUUGUCCAGGGAAGAAACACAAGUUUUAGAAGUCCUGCUACAUACAAAUAGACCUCUUCCUCAACAGUACCCAUAGCAGUAUGUUUCUCAGGUGGUAUUUAUAAUUUUGCAUUUAAACAUUCACUUUUCAUUACCACAUAGUCAAAAGGAUAUAGAAAUUAGGAAUGUUCCAAAGAAGGAAAUGAAAACUAGUGGCAUGGAUGUAAAAAGACAGGUCUGGAACUGGAGAGAAUGAUGUAGGUUAGAAUUGUGAUCACUGAUCUAACUGGCCACUGUGGUCAGGCAGUGGGAAACUUCUCCCUAUUACACUGGUUCAAGCCACUACGCCUAGUCCCUUUGUUUCAUUUUAAAUGUAAAACAGUAGUUAUUACUCUCAUAACAAGGAUUUUAGUCAUACUUGGAAGCUGUUCUUAACACUUGCAUGGCAAAUCCCCAAAAUACUUGUGUAACUGUAAUGCCUGUAGUUUACCACACUUAAUUAAUGUAUUAAACUGAUUUAAAUCUCA